AUGUUACUAAUAUAUUUUUUAUUAGUACGACAUGUUCAUGCAAAGCCGGGAUUUCAAAUGAAUAUGUACAACACGGAUCAAAAUCAAAAUGGAUUUUGUCUGUUGUACUAUGACCCUAAAUAUCACUUCCCUAUUUACGCUGUGAAUCCUAGUGAUUAUCAUCAAAUAAUUCCGUAUUGUCUUCGACCAUCAGAAGAUGUUCCUCUCGUCAUUGAUGAUAACUUUACUAAUUCUAAUCAUUCUAACUAUACGUUCGGCGAAUUACGAAAACAAAAUAUAAGUAGUCAAAUGUUAUUAUCGUGGUUAGCUCCUAUUGAAUUAGCUGAACGUUACCAAAUGUUUCUAGAUAAUGUUUCGCAUUCAUUAUUAAUCGACGACAAAAUGUUAUUCUACAACUGUACAUCAAACUGGUUUGGACCUCUCUGUCAUUUCACAUUCGAAUUGAAAUAUGAAGAAUCAUUUAACGAGACGGUCUAUUCCCGCAUCGGAUUCGGAGAUUCAAUUAUAACUGAGAUAAAUAUUCCGUGCUAUAAACAUCAUAGCUGCAAGUCAUCUCAGUUCUGUUUAGACUGGCGCGAUAUUUGUGAUCAGGAAAUGGAUUGUUUCGAUGGAUCUGAUGAGUCAAACUGUUGGCAGCUAGAAAUAAACGAAUGUUCUUCGAAUGAAUACCGAUGUUACAAUGGUCAAUGCAUUCCAAAGGACUUCGCCUUUGAUGAUAAUUUGAAUCCAGAUUGUCAAGAUGGAACAGACGAAAUUGUUUUCUAUAUUUACUACAAAUUUUGCGAUAAAGACCCUGCUUUUCGAUGUAAAGAAUCUACGUCCGAUCCGAAACAGAUAAAAGGUUCUGAAACAUCUUUUCAGCCUCAAUUCAAAGGAGGAUUGCUGUUUGUAAAUGGUUUUUAUCAAUCAUUGUCUACUGAUAUUUGUUCAAAGAUUAUCGGCUGUUUAACGGAAAUCACUUCGUGCGCAGAUGUUUGCUUAGAAACUGAUUGUAUAACAAAGGAAUGUCCAACAAUAUACGAAUUCCCUCCUGGUCCUAUUCUCUUUGGGCAUGUACGCUUUAUGUUCAAUACUAGCGAUCUACAUAUCAACUCAGAAAACCUUCUUUUACCAAACUAUGUAUGCUACAAUGAAGCACUUUGUAGUGAUUUUCUUCCGGCUUCAAUUUAUUUGAAUGAUUCGGCUUGUCGCCAUUUUCACGAAUUUAAGUGGGAAGCAGUGGAUCCAGUUCAUCCUAUGGACCUAUAUAGGAUGAACUUGAGAAAACUAUUUCACAGAUGUUUAGUGAUACCUAACGAAACUUAUUCUUGCAAUAACUCAAAUCUAUACCAGUGUUUAAAUUCAACAAAAUGCAUCUCAAAACAUCGUCUAGUCGAUACCAUAUCAGAUUGUCCGUUCGAUGAUGAUGAAACAUUCAAUGAGAGUUGUUUGUUUCUCGAUGCUCAUGAUCGUUUAAAAUGCUCAAAUACUGACCCAAUAACAUGUCAAGCACCAACAGGUAUUGAGUGCGGUCGGUCCGUUUGUGAUUAUUCUAAUCUCGAAACUUAUAAAUGGUUCAUCCACUGCCUCUUUGUAGAACGCAUCAGUUUUUCAUUUAUAUGUGAUGGAAGAAUCGAUUUAGGCCCUAUGCUUAUAGAUGGAUCUAACGAGACUGACGAGACUGGAUGCGAAAAGUGGCAAUGCAACAACGCAUAUAGCAGAUGUAAUGGUGUUUGGUUAUGUAGAGAUGGAGCUGAUGAAGCCAAUUGUCGAAAUUCACUUUGUCCACCAUUUCAUCAUCCCUGCAUCUUUUUCAACGACACAUCUGUAUUAUCAUGCUUACCCAUUGACAGAGCGGGUGAUGGAAUUGUCGAUUGCCUAGGAGCUUCAGAUGAACCAAAGCGCUGUCCUGAAACAUUUAGCUGUUUCAAUGAUACUCAAUGUAUUAAUAUACAGACCCUAUGUGAUGGAGAGCCAAACUGUAGGUUUGCUGAUGACGAAGAUAUUUGUAGAAAUCGCACCAAUAAAUAUAGCUCGUUAUGCCGCUCAAGCUCUAUAUCUUCUCACAUAGAAAGAGACAAAUUUCUCUGUCAAAUGGGUAGAUCAAGCCAUAUAGAAUAUAACGCGCAUUUCAGAAUGUAUAAUAUGCCGACCUACCCACUAUUAUCACAGACUAAAACAACAACUACUACCACAUUUAUAGUACCAGUCGAGACACGAAUAAAUCCGUUUCAAAGCAAUAUGAUGAUCAAUAUCCGGAAUAUGGAUGAUCGAGCGUUGCGUAAUUAUGGUGAACCAAUCCAGAUUGGUAUAGAUCUAGAUCAAUCUAAACUAACUUGCCUUUGUCCACCGAGUUACUAUGGUGAUAAAUGUCAAUAUGAUAAUGAACGUGUCAGUCUUACAUUACAAAUUCAAGCAACAUCAGACGGACACAAUGUCUUCGUAUUCAUCAUAAUUUUGAUCGAUAAUGAAGGACAAAUUCAAUCACAUGAUUUUAUCGAAUAUUUGCCAGUUAGAGAUUGUAAGAUAAAAUUCGAUGUUUAUUUGCUCUAUUCAACUCGACCAAAAAACUCAUCAAGACAUUAUUCAGUGCAAAUUCAUGGCUUUAAUAAAAUGACAAUGUCUUAUCGUGCUAGUUGGAUUUAUCCUAUUCAAUUUUCAUUUUUACCUGCAUAUCGUUUAUCGGUUAAACUUUUCAUUCCUUUUUCUAAUUCUCUACCUUUGAGAACUUGUGCAUUAAAAUGCAAUCAUGGUCAAUGCUACAGCUAUGUUAAUAAUCAAAGUAUGACAUAUUGUCUAUGUCAACCAGGCUGGUCAGGCCUUGAGUGUACAAAUCAAUCUAUAUGUAAGUGUGCACCUAAUUCAUUAUGUGUCGACCGGUCAAUAUGUGUAUGUCCAUUUAAUCGAUAUGGUCCUCGAUGUUAUCUUCAUCAUUAUUUGUGUGAUCGUAAAACAUGUAUGAAUGGUGGUCAAUGUGUGCCGGAUGAUGAACGACACAAAACUCUUGGUAAAGAUCAUACAAUUUGUAUCUGUACACCUGAAUAUCACGGAAAACGAUGUGAACUACAACGAACGAAACCAACUGAAAUUCAUAUAUCAUUUGAUAAGAAAAUAACUAUUCCAACAUCAUUAUUUGUUCAUUUUAUCUACCAAAAACUUCAAAAGGAACUUGUUCAGCACAGUAUAGUAAAAAAGAUCGAUUUUGAUCAAAAUUCACUUUCAAUCAAAACUUCAAUCGUAUUUCAUAUGGCUUUUGCUGAAAUAUCUAAAAGCUAUUAUCUUAUCGUUCUGCAGUCUGAGCCUAUUGUCUCAGCUCAUAUUAGUACAAAAAACAUUCCAUCACAUCGAUGUGUCUCAAUAUCUGAAUUAUUCAAUGAGAGUAUAGUUCAUCUACACUUAUUAAAACGAAUCAAAUAUUAUCAUAUUCCAUGUCAAAAAUAUUUCAAUCUCGUUUGUUUUUAUGAUUCGACUGAAAUUUGUUUAUGUGACCUGUCUCAUCAAACAAACUGUUUACAUUUCCAACAUAAUGCUGUAUACGAUUGUGAAAAUCACAAUUUGUGUGAAAAUGGUGGUCAUUGUUUUUUGAAUGAUAUGAAAUGUCCUACAUCAUUCGUAUGCGCUUGCCCUGAUUGUCAUUAUGGAUUAGUUUGUCAGUUCUCAACAAAAGGAUUAUCUCUGACAUUAGAUGCAAUAUUGGGCUAUCGAAUUCUUCCUCAUAUGAAACUUAAUCAACAACCAUUUGUUGUUAAAAUUGCGAUGGUAAUCACUUUUAUUAUAUUCUGUUUAGGCAUCCUCAGUAGUUUCUUUUCAUUUUUGACAUUUCGAACAAAGAAAACACGUGAGGUUGGUUGUGGUUUGUAUCUGUAUGCGUCAUCGAUUACAUCAAUGAUAACAUUAACUGUAUUUGUAAUCAAAUUCUUCUUUCUUCUUACGUUUCAAAUGGGACUUCUCAAUACAGAUAUGAUUAUUCGUGUUCAAUGUCGGAUGCUUGAUUUUCUUCUUCGAUUCUUGUUGAGUAAUGGAGAUUGGUUAAAUUGUUGUGUUGCUAUCGAACGAGCUUUAAAUGCUUUUCAAGGUAUUACUUUUAACAAAAUCAAAAGUAAAAGAAUUGCUAAACGGAUGAUUUACAUUGUUUUAUUUGGAACAUUUAUAACACAUGUUCAUGAUCUUAUUCAUCGUCAACUUGUAAAUGAUGAAGAAGCACAACGCACAUUAUGUGUUACAAAAUAUUCAUCAUUUCUACAAAUAUUUGAUAAUACGAUUACAGUAUUUCAUAUAUGUUUACCAUUUUCAAUCAAUUUUUUCUCGUCAAUAAUUAUCAUUAUUUCUGCAACGCGUACUCGAUCAAAUGUAAAGAAAAAUCAAACAUUCAUAAGACUUUUACGUGAACAAUUUCAACAUCAUAAACAUACUCUUAUUUCAUCAAUAAUUCUCGUUCUAUUAGCUGCUCCACGUAUAAUUCUAUCAUUAACAUCAGGAUGUAUGAAAUCUACGAGAGAUGCUUGGUUUUAUUUAAUUGGCUAUUUUACUUCAUUUAUUCCAUCAACUUUACUCUUCAUUAUAUUUAUUCUCCCAUCAGAAAUGUAUCGAACUGAAUUCACUAAGAUUCGAAAAGGACUCUGUAAAUGA